AAUACUGACAUUUGACUUUGACAUUAUUGAAAUUGGUAGGUACAGUGUACACAUACAUUGGUUCAUAAAUAAUUACGAAUUUGUUUCUUCACUUGAUGUAAAAUGGCUUCAAAAGUAGCUGUCGUAACAGGAGCUAAUAAAGGCAUUGGAUUUGCUAUAGUACGUGGCCUUUGCAAGCGUUUUGAUGGUGUAGUUUACCUUACUUCACGAAAUAUUGAGCGCGGUAAAAACGCCGUUGCUGACCUUGAGAAGGAAGGAUUAAAACCAAAUUAUCACCAACUGGAUAUUACAGACAAGGAUAGUUUGGAAGUAUUUAGAGACUACAUUAAGAACAAAUACGGCGGAAUUGAUGUAUUGGUAAAUAACGCUGCUAUUGCAUUUAAACAUAAUGCUACUGAGCCGGCAGCCGUGCAAGCUAAGGAAACUUUAUUCGUUAACUACUUUUCUUUGGUUUCUACAUGUGAUAUCUUAUUCCCAAUCCUCAAAAAUGGUGCUCGAGUUAUUAAUCUGUCGAGUUCUUGCGGUCAACUAGGUCUAAUUCCAAGUAAAGAGUUAAAAGAGCGUCUUAAAGAUGAGAAAUUAACUGUUCCGGAGUUGUCAGACUUGAUGCAACAGUAUGUGGAUGCCACUCAGCAAGGAACGCAGGCCGCUGCAUGGGGGAACUCUUCAUAUGUGGUAUCUAAAGUUGGUGUGUCUGCACUGACUAAUAUACAACAGAGAAUGCUGGAGAGUAGAGAUAUUAAAGUGAACUCGGUGCAUCCUGGCUAUGUUGAUACAGAUAUGACUUCCCACAAAGGACCGCUUACCAUAGACCAGGGUGCUGAAGCUCCAUUAUACUUAGCUCUGGAUGCUCCUGACUCUGUCCGAGGAAAAUUUGUCUGGCACACAACAAAGAUUGUUGACUGGGACUCUGAGAAACCUUUGUAAAUAGUUAUAAGGUCUAAUUUCGCAUGGAACUAACUGUGGAAGCAAAAAUUGCAAAUGAUAUGCUUAAUAUUAUAAUUCUAAGAGUAGAUAAUAAACUGAUUGUGAUAUAAUGUGCAUUAAUAUGGUCCAAGACCGCAUUGCAAAUAUAUAGUUUUUAUAAUUUUGAAGAGAUCAAUUUCUUGUUCAAUUCUCAAUAAUCUAAGCUUUUAUUAUUAUUAGUUUAUUAUUUAUGUUGGGGUUGCCAGAAAUAAAAAAACAUUCAGUAAUGGUAGUGUUAUAGAAUAUUCUUUGAAACAGCAUCCUACUUUACUAAUGGAAAGUUUGGUAUUACCCAGUGUUCGGGAUUAGCUCCCCAACUUUUUUCUCCUAACCUGGUUACCUUAUAUGUCUUUGUUUAAGUAAUAUAUCGAAAUAAGUAUUAUGUAUGAAUACUUGUACAUUUCAUGUACUAAUACAAGUACUUUGUAAUACUCUUAUCGUUAAUAUACAAAUAAAUCAAGCUUUAUUUCCUGUUUUA